AUGGCAACAUUAACAACUCCAUAUGGAGAGAGUAGUGGAAGUGGAAGUGGAAGUGGAAGUGGAAGUGGAAGUGGAAGUGGAAGUGGAAGUGGAAGUGGGAGUGGAAGUAAUAAUAUAAACAAUAAUUAUUUAUACCCAACAACUACCACAACAACAACAACUACAACUACCGCAAACACAUCAUCUGGAUCAUCAUCUGCAAUGGGAAGCAGCAGAGGAAGUAAUACAUCUUCACCAAAUACAAAUACAAGCAGUAAUAAUAAUAAUAAUAAUAAUAAUAAUAAUAAUAAUAAUAAUAAUAAUAAUAGUUCUAUUAAUAUAAAUAAGAGUAAUAAUACUGGUAGCACCAACAAUAAUAAUAAUAAUAAUAAUAAAAAUAAUAAUAAUAACAAUAGUAAUAGUGAAGAAAAUUCAUUUAAAGUUAAAAAGAUAAUGUAUAAUGGAAAGAAUAGAUGCAUUCUUACACAAAAAGAUAAUGGGCCAUGUCCUUUGAUAGCAAUUCUUAAUGUUCUUUCACUAAGAGGAGACCUUGAAAUCAAUGACUCCAUUCCAUUGAUAACUCAUGAUGGUUUACUCGAAACCAUUGGUUCCCAUUUAUUUGAAACCAAAAAAAAUUAUGAAGAUUCUAUUGAACAAUUUAAUUAUGAAAUUAAAAUAAAUGAUUCUAUUAAUGCAUUACCAUCAAUGAUAUCAGGUCUAAAUCUUGAUGUUAAAUUUACUGGAAUUAAGGAUUUUGACUCAUCAUGCGAUAUGAGUAUUUUUCAAAUAUUAAAUAUAGAACUAGUUCAUGGUUGGUUAGUUGAACCACAAGAUGUUGAAUUAGCAUCAAUUAUUGGAGAUUUAACUUAUAAUCAAUUGACUGAAAAAAUUUGUAACCCAAAAUUAGAAGAAGAUUUCUUAAAUGAUAUUGAUUUAACAAAAAUGGAUAUUAAUAGUAAUAAUAAUAACAAUAAUAAUAAUAAUAAUAAUAAUAAUAAUAAUAAUAAUAAUAUAAACAAUUUAAAUGGUAAAAAUAAUUUAAGGAAUUUAUAUACUGACAGUGUAAAAUAUAAAAAUAAUCCAAUAAAAUCAAGUGGUGAAGAUUUAUUUUGUCAAUAUAAAAUCAAACAAUUUUUAAAUGAUACAUCAUCUCAACUAUCAUACCAUGGUCUUUAUGAAUUACAUUCAAAUCUUAAAGAUAAUGAAUUGGUUAUAUUCUUUAGAAAUAAUCAUUUUAAUACAUUAUUAAAAAAGAAUCAAACUUUAUAUAUGCUAAUUACCGAUGAAGGUUAUAUUAAUGAACCAAUUAUUUGGGAAAAGUUAGAACAAAUUGAUGGGGACACUGAAUAUGUAAAGUCAGAUUUUACAAAAUAUGUUAAAGAAGAUUUAUAUUCAAAUUAUGAUAAUAUUAAUGAAAUAUGUGAAGGAAUUAACAGUAAUAAUAAUAGCAAUAGCAAUAGCAAUAAUAAUAUUAAUAAUAAUAAUAUAAGUUCAGCUCAUAAUAAUGUAAAUACAGAAGCAAUGACCGAUGAAGAACUUGCACACUAUUUGAGUAGCCAAGAAAAUGCUCAAAACUUGGAUUCAGAUUUUGUAGUGGCACUUCAACUACAAAAUCAAGAAAACUCUAGAGCUGGUUAUAGAAAACAAUCAAAACAAAAGGAAAAGAAAGAAAACUCUCCAACUCAAAAGAAAGAAAGUAAAAUGUGUAAAACUCAAUAG